AGUGGACCUUUGCCAAUAGGGUAUUUCAAUAAUCUCGAAGCAAAAAUGAGCUAUAAUCCUAAUAUAUAUUACAUGAUGGCAGUGACAUGGGAAGGGUGCGAAACUGAGUUCACGAAAAUCCAAAGCACUCGUAGAAUACUUGAUUUGUCAAAUAACAAAUUCACCCGAGAGAUUCCAGAGUUGAUCGGAAAAUUUACAGCAGUCCAACAACUUAACUUCUCUCAUAAUUCCCUUACUGGUCAUAUUCAAUCAUCUAUAGGAAUGUUGACCUUUCUGGAAUCUUUAGAUCUGUCUUCAAAUUUGUUUACUGGAAGGAUUCCAGUACAGUUGGCAGAUCUAACAUUUCUUGCAGUCUUAAACCUUUCACAUAACCGGCUUGAGGGGCCCCUACCCAGUGGAAAGCACUUGGACACGUUUAACGCAAGCUCAUUUGAAGGAAACGUGGGUUUAUGUGGAUUCCCCAUGCCAAAAGAAUGCAAUAGUUACGAGGCAUCACCAUUGCAGCCAUCAAACUUUCACGAUGGAGAUGAUUCAAAAUUCUUUGGAGAAGGAUUUGGAUGGAAAGCUGUGGCAAUAGGGUAUGGAUGGGGGUUUGUGUUUGGAGUCACAAUGGGAUACGUUGUGUUCAGAACAAGAAAACCAGCAUGGUUUCUGAAAGUGGUUGAAGAUCAAUGGAAUCUGAAGGCAAGAAGAACGAAGAAGAAUGCUCGUAGAAAUGGUGCAGGAAGAAACUAAACAACGCAGCUAGUAACAUGAAUGAAUUUUCGAAUAAACAUUCUCGCUACCUUAUUGAUGCAGGACAGCUUGCGGAAGGAAUCCUGCCAUAAAACAAGUGCC